AUGCCCAAGUCCUACCACUCGUACCGGAGUGUUGACGACUAUGAUGCCGAUGCCGACGAUGACGAACGCCUCGAGCGGCAGGAGCGCAACGACACGUUCAGCAGCACCACGCCCACGUCGCCCGUGGCCACAAGGGACGGCUUCCGUUUCCCUAGGCAAACGCGCGGCUCCGACCAAGACCUCACGAGGUCACGCGAGAACCUCACCGAACGCUCUCGCUUGCUAGGUCCCAACUAUGGGCAGACGUCGCGAUCAUACAGCAGCCUGCCAGCAACCACGCCCGGCACGCCCAAGCCAGGCCAGAAGAGACACAACGUGCAGCUCCCCACCAGCUCGCGGAUGAAGCCCAGCAGGAAUGCAUCCUCAACCUCGUUCAGCCAGAGGCUUGUGAACGCAUUGGGCGAGAGACGAGGUGGCCUGGAGGAGAGUAUGCACUCAGUCCACGCGUCGCUUUGGCAGGACAAUCGCGUGUGGUACGACCAGUUCACCUCGACCGACUGGGUCCACGACAACAUCGCCGACGCGUACCGAGUGCGGGCCCUCCGCAGUCGCAAGGACGUCAGAGGGCGCAUGUUGGCCUGGUUUGAUGGCGCUCAAGGCUGGAUCCUGGUCGCCCUCAUCGGCAUGCUCACCGCUGUGUGUGCUUAUUUCGUCAACACCACCGAGACGACGUUGUUUGACUGGAAGCAGGGCUAUUGCACUAAACAAUGGAACCUGAGCCGCAAGCCAUGCUGUAACGGUGCCACAAUCUGCGAAGACUGGGUGCACUGGUCCAAGGUCAUUCGCAGUGAUAGACUAGACCUCAUUCAAACGCAGUAUGGCAUGUUUGUGCUUUCUGUCGUCGCGCUGUCGAUGGCAUCUUGCUUACUGACACUGACCACCAAGACUGUCAUCCCAUCCACUAUCUCCCUGGCCACGCUCGACGAAAACUUGGCUGCGGAGGUGGUGCGCAACCAGCCAGAGGACGACGACGAUGAUGAGGACAAACGCAAUGGCAGCCCUGAAACCAGAGCACGCGAGCCCGAGGUCCGCCCUCCAAUGGUCUACUAUUCCGCUGCAGGUAGUGGUGUAGCUGAGGUCAAGGUUAUCCUGAGUGGUUUUGUUCUCCACGGUUACCUUGGUUUACGAACACUGGUCAUCAAGACCCUAGCUCUGAUUCUUUCUGUGGCAUCUGGUCUGAGUCUCGGCAAAGAGGGUCCCUAUGUUCAUAUCGCGACUUGCAUAGGCAACAUUGCGUGUCGUAUCUUCUCCAAGUACAGUGACAACGAUGGCAAGCGCAGGGAGAUCCUGAGUGCCAGUGCUGCCAGCGGUGUCGCCGUCGCCUUUGGCGCGCCAAUUGGUGGAGUUUUGUUCAGCUUGGAGGAAGUCAGCUACUACUUCCCGUCGAAAACUCUCUUCAGGACGUUCUUCUGUUGUAUCGCGGCUGCGCUAUCCCUCAAAUUCCUCGAUCCCUAUGGCACGAAGAAGAUUGUGCUGUUCGAGGUCCGAUACCACCUCGACUGGAAGUUCUUCGAACUCGUCACGUUCAUCUUCACUGGCGCCUUCGGGGGUGUCUUGGGCGCUUUGUUCAUCAAAGCGUCGCACAUGUGGGCUCGAACAUUUCGUCGCAUACCCACCAUCAAGAAAUAUCCGAUAUUCGAAGUAUUUCUCGUUGCCCUUGUCACUGGUCUUAUCAGCUUUUGGAACCGGUACACAAAACUGCCCGUGACCGAGCUUCUGUUCGAACUGGCCAGUCCCUGCGACACCUAUACCAAUUCAGGCGACGGCUUAUGUCCCACUGUGGAGCACAUCCCGAGUGUGCUCAAGACGCUUUUUAUUGCUUUCGUCAUCAAAGCCUUUCUGACCGUCGUUACAUUCGGUAUCAAAGUACCUGCCGGUAUCUAUGUCCCAUCUAUGGUUGUUGGUGGUCUCGCAGGUCGCUUCAUAGGCCACACAGUCCAACUGGUCGCUCUAAAAUACAGUCACCUAGGCUUGUUCAGCGAAUGCAAACCGGAUGGCGCACCCGGUGCUUGCGUUGUGCCCGGUGUUUACGCACUCGUUGCCGCCGGGGCGACAAUGACUGGAGUCACACGUCUCACGAUCACCUUGGCUGUCAUUCUCUUCGAACUCACAGGCAGUCUGGACCACGUCCUACCCUUCUCCCUGGGUAUCUUGGUGGCGAAAUGGACUGCCGACGCUAUCGAGCCUCUUUCCAUCUACGACCUUCUUACGGACAUGAAUUCGUAUCCGUUCCUGGACAAUAAGGUUCGACCGAUCUUUACCUCCGAACUUGGCGAUAUCACCCCGCGCGUGCGCAAAGACCGCGUCAUCGACAUCUCAGACGAAUCACUCAUUCCAGCAAGUGAACUGCGCGAGAAGCAACAAGCCCUGCAGAUGUCCGGCCAACUUGAUGGCGGUAUUCCGAUCAUCAAGCACGGCGUCCUGGUCGGUCUGAUCCCUGCCCCCGAUCUGGAAUUCGCCCUUGAUAAGCUCGACAAUGAGGAGAAUACGCUGUGUCUCAUGUCUACGCAAGUCGAUUGGGCUGCUGGGCGUGAGCCUCACGGCGAGGAAUCUCAGAUCUUGUAUGAUCCUAGCGACUUUACGCCAUAUAUUGACCCGGCUCCUGUGUCGCUUGAUGUGCACUCGCCGAUGGACCUGGUGUACGAAUGCUUCGUUAAGCUCGGGCUGAGAUAUAUCUGUGUUUUGCGAGAUGGCAAAUAUGCGGGCAUGGUGCACAAGAAAUCCUUCGUCAAGUAUAUGAAAGAGCUGGAGAUUAAGGAGAAGAAGCAUGUGGGCUGA